AUGGAUAAAACUUGGAUGAAGAUUAGCAAUAGGAAGGACAAGGCUUAUGAACUCGGAGUCAAAAAUUUCCUCAAGUUUGCAUAUUCUCAAAAAGUUGAAAAUCAGAAAAUCCCAUGCCCAUGUACACAAUGCAAUAAUUUUUGUAACCAAACUAAAACAGUUGUGGAGGAUCAUUUAUUGACUCAAGGCAUUCGUAAAAGCUACACAAGAUGGAUACACCAUGGGGAACAAUUUCAACACCAAAAUUGUGGGGAUAGUACUAAACAUGGGGAUGGAGAGGACGAUAGUGAUACUGAAGAUUUAAAUGACAUGCUGCACGACAUUGGGACAGCACAAUGGGGGGACAAUUGGGCUGGUAGGGAAGAAUCAACGGAUGAUAGUCUAAAUGCGAAUCAUAGUGACACAGAUAACUUUCUUAAAUUGUUAGAAGAUGCAAAAAAGGAGCCAUAUCCAGGGAAUCAUUUUUACUCAAAGCUAUCCUUUGUAGUCACUUUGCUCCAUUUGAAAACAAUGAGCGGGUGGACUAUAAAGUCCUUCAAUGCAUUGCUGGAAAUUUUUAGGCAUGCACUACCUCCUGAAGCCACAGUUCCCAAGUCUUUUACUGAUGCUAAGAAGCUCAUUCGAGACUUAGGUUUUAAAUCUGAAAAAAUCCAUGCUUGUGUCAAUGAUUGUGUUCUCUUCCGCAAGGAAAAUGAAAAUUUUGACACUUGUCCAAAUCUAAAUUGUAAAGAACCUCGCUACAAGAUGGCAGGUUCAAGAGUUCCACGCAAAGUUUUGCAUUACUUUCCUUUGAAGCCUAGGCUGCAACGAUUAUAUACCCACAAAGAAAUAGCUUCAGAUAUGAGAUGGCAUAAAGAAAAGUGUGUGCAUGAUGAUAACAUCAUGCGGCAUCCAGCAGACAGUGAAGCAUGGAAACACUUUGAUAGGUUGCAUCCGGACUUCGCCGUUGAUCCUAGAAAUGUGAGGUUAGGUCUUGCAACUGAUGGUUUCAAUCCUUUUGGGACCAUGAGUAGUGCUUAUAGCAUCUGGCCUAUUUAUCUAGUGCCAUACAAUCUGCCCCCUUGGAAGUGUAUGAGAGAUCCUUUCUUUUUCCUAUCAAUGCUAAUUCCUGGGCCUAAAUCCCCGGGAAAUGAGAUUGAUGUUUACAUGGAGCCUCUAAUAGAUGAACUGAAUGAAAUGUGGCUUGGUGUUGAAACAUAUGAUGCAUAUAGUGGCAAGAAAUUUGACCUCCUCCAGCUUAUGCAAUGCUGUCCGGAUGGAGUACGAAAGGGUAUCAAGCAUGUCCUAUUUGCAUGGUUGAGACAACUUGCGUACAUUUACCACACCGAAAAAAGUUGUGUUACACAGGUCAUCGCCGCUUCUUACCCAUUGACCAUUCUUGGCGGCGAGAAAAAAAACCUUUCGAUGGCAAUGUGGACUUUAGGAAUCCUGUUGCACCUUUAUCUGGAAAUGAAAUUUUAG